CGGACUUUCGCUCUUCCUGGCGGCAAAACGUUGAGGAAAUACUUUCUUUUCUAAAUGUUAAGAAAUCUGAGGAGAUGGGGCAGAACGACUAAGUCCCAUUUUCCUGUGAUCCUUUAGCCGGAAAACUGUCAAAAUCUGUGGAUAAAUUCAUGAGAUAAGGAAGAGGAUGGCGUCUAGAGUAAAUACCAGUUUCACUUUGAUUCCUAACCAGAAAUAUAGACGUAGUAAUCGUCGAUCCAGCUAUUUUUCUAACACCUUUGACUCAGAUUCUCAGCCCUUAUCAACGCUUGGAAAUUUUAAAGCCUUGCCAGUGGAAAUAUUCCAAAUAAUUCUAAAAUAUUUGUCAGUGAAGGAUAUCAGCAUGCUAAGCAUGGUGUCCAAAACAGUCAGCCAGCACAUUAUUAAUUAUAUCUCAACCUCAUCAGGAAGCAAAAGACUUUUACUACAGGAUUUUCAUGACCCUGAGCUGCCUGACAGAGAAGACAUCACUAUAUUGGAUCACUACAAAUCUCUAGGUCUACUAUUUAAAAGAUGUACACUGCUGCUACCCACAAAGGACAGACUAAAGUACAUUCACAAGAUACUUGCAGAUGUUUCCUGUUUUAAAUUCAAUGGAUGUGCAUCUCCUUUGCAAUGUGUAGGAUUACUAUGUUAUGGCAUAUUUUUACAGACCUUAACAGCAGGUUGGGAUGAACUCGAGUGCCAUCGUGUUUAUAAUUUCUUAUGUGAGCUGACUAAUCUGUCCCGCAAGAUGCAGACAGCUGUCUGCAGCAAACCAGGAAGUGCCCGAAAACUGGAGUUAAGGAUCAGACUAUUCUGUAGGAACGUACUGCUUGAUCACUGGAUCCAUCGAAGUGAUUCUGCAUUUUGGUUGACAUGUAUAUUGAAACCGUGGCCAAUGGUGAAUCAGGCAAGAUUACUGUAUAUCAUCUUUGGGCCUAUAUCUCCUCAAGAUGGACAGGUGAUUUGGCAGAAAAUGAUAGAAGAACCUACAGAUGAAUCCUGUCUGAAAGGUUUGGCUGAUGCCAUUAAAUUACUAUAUGACACAGGCACCAAAGAAUGGACAGCAGAUGAUGUUAUCAGUCUUGUAGAUGAACUAUCAGUGGUUCCUCGUGAGUGGCUUCUAGAGAAUAAUGCACGUCUCCUAAUCCUAAGUGGGAACAACAUCUGUUUCACUUUCAUGGCUAGUAAAGCUGUGAAUGGACGCACCAUUGAGCUGGCAAGGCUGAUAGUCUUUUUGGCUUUGGUGUGUGAGAAAGAACUAUAUUGCAUGGAUUGGGCAGUUAAAAUGAUGCAAAGAGUCUGUAAAGUCUUUAGCACUCCAGUGGAAAGAAAUAACUUCCUGCAGAGUGUGGCAAAUGCAUUUGCAUGUGCUAUAAUGGAAAUGCUACAGUCAGUUAUGUCUGAAGAUGGUGAUGACGACGACAGAAGCUUUAUGAAUUUGUUCCAUCUUGUGCAGGCUCAGGCUAGCUUCCAUAAAGAGGACUUGAAACUGGAAGCAUGAAUGGUUCCAGCAAUCCAUGAGAGAGUGAGGUUUAUCUUCACUCAAGUAAAUGGAUUCCAAGAAGCUCCAGGACUAUUUCAGUUUGACUAGUAUCUGCAACCAUCACUCUUACUAUUAAAAUAGAAAAAAUAGUGCCCAUUGAGCUGAAAUAAUGCUGGAGCCCUCCUGGAUCUCCCAUUUUCUUCUCCUUGGGUUUGAUCACUUUACUUCUGCUGAAGAUACACCCUUUCCCACUGGACUUCUCAGAGACUGACUUUCUUUGCCUGAGCCCUUGACGUUUUAAAUCAUCUCUGGAGCUGAUGAAGGAGAGCAAAACUAGAAGAUAUGGAAAUUACCCACAGAAUUGGGAUAGAAAUUGUGGGAAAUUCUCCAGUUCGACAAGAGGGUUAAGAGAUUUAAUAGGGUUGAGAAUGAGUGAAAAUUGUGGAGAAAAUAAGAAUUGUAACAAGAUUUUACUACACUUUAAAAGCAAAAAGACUAACCUUUAUUUUGAGGGGUCAGAAAUUAACUGCCUUUCUUUGAUGGAUUGUCCAGCUAAUUCCAUCAGUAGCAGGAAUUUUUUUCUCCAGAGUCUAGUAUUUGUAUAUUUAUGCACAAAGUUAUUUCUUUUAUCCUGAUUUCAUUUUCUUCUCUUCAAUUUAAGGAUUCACCCACAACUAAAUUAUAAGGAUUAAAAGUUGUCAGAUACCAGAAUACAAAAAUAACACUUUAAUUAGCUUUUUCCCCCGUUCUCUCACUCUUUUUUCCAUACGUGCUUUGGAAAGCCUAAUCCAUUUCUUAAUCAAAACACUGGUGAUUCCAAAUUGAGAAUAUUAGAUUAUAUGGGGGGGAAAAAGAAAAAAUAUUUUAAGUGGAAAUUUUCAUAUUAAAAAUAUAUUUUAAAAUUUUUCAUAUAAGUAGUGAAUAUUUUAAAUAUUUUCCUAGAUGGAUGUUAAGUUCAUUGCCUUAGAAAAAGAAAUUUAACAUUGUGAAAUUGCUUUGAUUUCUUGAAUUAUCUAAGUCUCUACACCAGUUAUUUUCAGCAUGUUUACAAAAGAAUAAUGGUUUAAUUUAAAACAUUUUUUUAAUCUGGACUGUGAAUUGCGUUAUACACUUCAUCUGACAUGAUUGCUGUAGCAAAUUUUUUUUAGCUCACAUUAUUUUGUUAUUCUUAAUAAUUGUGAGAUUAUUAUCUCAUCUUCCCCAGAAAUUUGGAACAUAAGAAAAUCUGAUUCAUUCUUUGGGUACAGUAAAUAAAUGAUAUCAUCUUGUUACCAAUAAAAAGUAAACUGAUAGAUUCUUCAUUUGAUUAUUAAUAGAUAAAGAUAAUCUUUGAGACCAAAAUUACAGUUUCCUCAACUUGGCAAUUUUCUUUUGCUGAAUAUAUUUGUCAUCAGGAAUGAAAUGUGAUAUCAAAUUUUAAAGUGGGAAAUUAACUUUUAAAAGUAUAUAUUAUUAUUGAUAGUAUUGAUGUUUAAGUGAUGGUAGAGGCAGUCAUAUCACCACAAAAAGGGAGCAUUCGCAAAUGAAUAGUCUAAAAACAGUUGGCGACUGUCCACUUCUAACCCACUCUAGAAUAGUCAUGAUAAAAUAAUGAUGUAAAUUGUCAACAGGUCAGAUAAUUUAUCCUGUACCUCUUUCUAAACUAGGAGAUUAACCUGGGUUUCUAGCUUUUUUCCUCUUUUGCUAAUGAUUUCCCCAGUCUCUUUUGAGCUUGAUUUAUAGGAUGGUUUUUAUUUCCACUAGAAGACAAACUCAACAACACAUCAUCAUAUUUAUCUUUACUGUUGUUUCUAAACACACACAUCACACCACAAUAGCACUAAUAAUCUAAUGACACUCAUUUUCUUAGAAACUAAAGUUUAUAUCUUGUGAGAAAUACUCUGCGCCUUAUGAAACUAUAGAACUUCUAUCAUUAAUGCUUUUUUAGAUAAUUCCUUCUCAUGCUGUGCUGACCCCUCAACUUUAUCAUCUUCACAGUGUAGUACAUACUGUACUUGGGAAGCCAUUCAGGAAGCUCAAGCAAUUGUUUUAUCAGGUAGCUCUCCAUAACAUGAACAAUUGGCACCUGAUUUCACACUUUAUCCAUCCCUUCAUGGCUUAGUUGGUGCUUCCAGUUCUUCUAUUAAUAACAAAAUAUUUUAUUGCCAGGAUAAUUAUUCAGCUUUGGAGAUUAGAGCAAGCAUGAGGUGCCCAGUAAAAGGUGUAACUGGAAAAAACCACAUUAUGUCAAUAAAAAGCAAACAUGAGCCCCUUUGUGUGAUGAUUACUCAAGAGUUAAUAGCUUAAGUGAAUAAUACUCAAUUAUAUGAUUACAGAUUUGCAUGUCAAUAUUGUAAAGGAUAAAAACACAAUGCUCCCACAAAAACUUCUUUCGUUGUUGGAUACCAUACUAGCAAUAUGACUCCUUUACCAAUUCUACUAGCAGGUAGCUCUGAAACCUGUAAGAAAUCAGGUGAUGGACAUAUGCUCCUUAGCUUAUUGAGACAUCACUAACAUAGGAAAGAUGACCCAAAAGACAGCUGUA